GUGCUUCGACACGAGGCGCUCGUCUGGUUCUUCUCGAUGGGGAGGGGCGCACGGUGGACACGCACUCCCUACGUGAGGGCGAGUACAUAGAUAUCGGACACAUUGUGACAUUCCCGUGUUUUUUUGCCAGGAUCUAGGACAGACUUCUGGUGUCGUCGGCGGCGUCGGAGCCGACGAUUGAUCCCGGUGGACCGUCACGUCCGGAUGAGGGGAGGCGCGGCGCAGCGGUACACGGUCGUGUUUCGCCGAAGAGAUCGAGCGACCUGGGGCUGCUGGGUGCGGGACCUAGGGGUAGCACCCCACCACCCAUGGCGGAUGCAGCCCACGUGGACGGCGAUCCAGGCCGCCAUGAGAGAUGCGAGGCGGACGCCGCGGGUAUAAAUUCCAAACCCUACUACCCCCUGGAUCUCGAUUCCGCCCUCUCCCACCUCUGGGCGGCGCAAAAAAACCCUAGAUCCAGCAUCCCUCCGUCUUUCCACUGGUGGCGCGGCAAGGUUGGGGGUGAUGAAAGGUCGUUAGCGGAGGUCGUGGCCUCUUCGGCGCGGGCUUCUUCGAUGGCUGGUGGCAGUGGGCACGGCUAUCGGGGCGACAAGCGCGACGGCGGUGGAUCCGGGCGGGCGGAUCGGGGGGCUGGGCGUUUCGACCAUGGGCGCAAGUUCUCCUGGCGAAGGAACGAGGGAGAGGCCGACCACGCCUCCUCCAACACCGUUCAUUCUUCGGGCGCUGCUGAUCGAUGGGAAGCGGCUGCGGCUGGCCGCCAAGAUCCCAGAUCCGGUGGGGUUUGGGUGGAGAAGCCCAAGGCCACGUCUGGAUCUGGUGGAGGGGACAACACCGACAAGCGGCUUGGGGAGAUGCCACAGCGCCGCAUGCUGGGCAACCAAAACACCUAGGUGAACCCGCUCAUGAACCCUAAUGCCUGUCUGAUUUGCAAGUCACCUGAGCAUAUUUCUGCUAGAUGCCCGCAAGCCUUUUGUGAGAGAUGCGGUAAAUUAGGCCACCUUGCUUCUGUCUGUGUUGAGUUUCUUCCUUGGGAUUGCAUUGCACCGAUGUGUGCCUUCUCUGCCAAGGGGCAAGGGUUCUAUUACAUACAUGAUUCGUGUACUGCUAGGCAGAUGAAAGAGCGUGAAACUAGUGUGGUGAUCACUAUUGUGGAGGGGCACACUUCUACUAAGGAUAUGGAAUUUGACCUGUCUCAGUACAUUGCUACUGGUUGGAGAUGUACUGCUAGAGCUAUUGGACCUGGAGUUUUUAUUGUUAGAUUUCCUAAUCGUCGGGAUGUUUCCAAAGCUUGCUAUACUGGUAGAAUGACCUUGAAAUCAACGGGUACUGUGGUGAAAAUUGAUCCCUGGACCUCGGCUCUUGGAGCCAAAGGGGUUAUGGAGAAAGCCUGGAUUAAAGUCAGCAAUGUCCCCUUGAAGAAAAUGAAUGAAAGAAACUUGGCAUUUGUCUCCUCUUUGGUUGGUGUCCCCUUGGAAAUCGAUGGGGCUACGCUUCAUCCUCCUGAAUAUGUGCGUAUGAAAAUUGGUUGCAUGAAUGUGGAUGAAAUCCCACCUGUCGCUGAGGCAGUGCUGGGAGAUCACUUCUUUAAUUUUUACUAUGAGCUGGAUCAGGUGAUGGUCAGGGACCCAGAUCAUGGAAAAACUACUGUGACUGUUCCUCCUGAGUCUGGAAAUCAUACAUUUAAGAAGAUGAAAAUACAAACUUCCAAUAGAAAAAAUGAGGUGGGAUCUUCCUCCAAUGCGGCUGGUACAGUCAUUGGCUCUCAGUGUAAGGGCCAGGAAAAACAACAAGGCUCUCCUGAAGAUGAGGGCUCGGACGAGUAUCUUGAUAACACCCUCCUGAUCGACAUUCUGGCUAUGGAACACGACGAGGCAAAAAGAAAGAAAGGAAAAAAUGAUCUAUCCUUUGGCAAACAGGCUUUUUGUGAAAAUGAGAGUGGCGUCUUUGAGGGGAAGGGGCUGAGCAAAUAUAUUGUCCAGUCCCCUGGUUCGUCGAUGGACAACGAGAAUGAGGUGAUUCCCACCCCUCCCCUUGUUAUGGAAGAGAAUCUAUGCUUCAGUUUGCGCAACGCCCAGACUAACGUGAUGCGAAUUGAUGAAAAGGCAGCAGGGGUGGCCAAGAAGCGCAAUCUGGAAUGUAAUAAUAGCACUAGUAAUACCUUUGAUGUUCUCUCUGAUCCAGAAUUAAUUUUACGGGCUGUUAAAAUGGGCGUUGAUAUUCCUGACACAGACUUUGCGAGUAUAGACAUCCUUCGUGAACUGGAAAAAUCUCGAGUUAAUGCUUUGAACAAUAAUAAUGAAAAUGUCCAGGAUGAUAACAAGAGCAACAAUCUUUUCUUAAUCAAUGCCAAAGGGGAUAAAACUCCUUUAUGUAUGGAAUGGGCGGACGAGGGGAAUCCUGAGUCUGAUACAAAUGAUUUUACCUUGGUGAGAUCCAGGAACAAAAAGUUAGGAGACUUGUGGUGA